AUGCUCUCCAUCGCCGCACGCGCCCCCCGCCGCUCUCCUGCUGUAUCCCACAUACCUUUCCGCUCAUUAUCAACAGAAAUACUUCCCUCAUCCGCCUCACAGCUUCCUUUACCCCCUCCUAUCGCCACAAAGCACCCCGCCAAACCUCGCACUCGACUAUCCCCCGCACCGCGGCCUGCAGUCUCACAUCGCCAUCAAGUUCUCUCCCAUUUACCCCCAAACUUCGGGCAGAACCAGCUUCUCCCAGUGUCCAAUACCACUCGUGCGCUACUCGAGAGCAUCGUCGCCGACUUCGAGGCACCCAUUCGCUAUGCUUUCGCGUACGGCUCAGGUGUAUUCGAGCAGGACGGGUACACACCCGAUCCGAAGGGUCCGAUGCUUGACUUCAUGUUUGCCGUCACGCAUCCUGCACAUUUCCACUCCAUUAAUAUGACUCAGCAUCCGAGCCAUUAUGCGCUGCACGCGCGGCUGUUUGGAUCGUCAUUUGUGUCAAAUGUGCAGCAGAUGUCGCCGGGCGUGUGGUUCAACGCGUUUGUAAAGACGAAAGGCCAAACCAUCAAAUAUGGUGUCACCACUGUCGACAACAUGUGCUCCGAUCUGCUUAACUGGGACUCACUAUACCUCGCCGGGCGCAUGCAUAAGCCCCUCCGUAUCAUCAAAGAUGACCCCCGCGUGCGCCUGACGCAGCAAGUUAACUUGACUUCUGCCGUGCGCGCUGCGCUGCUCAUGCUACCUACUGAGUUCAGCGAGACACAGCUCUUCGAGACGAUCGCAGGUAUCUCGUAUGGCGGCGACCCGCGCAUGAUCUUGCCGGCGGAGAAUCGCGGGAAGGUUGGAAAUAUUGUGCGCAAGCAGGGCCCACAGUUCCGCGAGCUGUACUAUCGCCUCGUCGUUGGCCUACCUGGAGUGCAUUGGCCGGGGCACUCAGCGACCAUCCAACAGGAUACGAGCGCCCAAGCGCGCGCGGCGCAUCUGCGGAAGCUGCCUUCAAACCUACUCGCACACGUGAGGGAAGGGUAUGGUUCUUCCAUUCCCGCGAAAGAGGCGGAUGAGAGCGCAUAUUGGACACGCAUGGCGGGAGACGAGAAGCUGCCUUCAGUGCUCAGGGAUCAGAUGAGCGGCAUCGUUCGUCACCCGGCAACGAUCCAGACAUUGAAAGGGGUCGUCAGCGGAGGCAUCGGCACAACUGUUCGCUACAGUGCCGAGAAGGUAGGUAAAUGGUGGAAAGGCUCAAAAGAGAACCAAUCAUCUUCAUGA